AUGGUGGUGAGGAGCGAGAUGCAGAUGCUGGAGAGGGAGGUGCACAGGUGCCGCCGGGAGAUAGAUGCAGAGCGGCAGAGACUUGACUCCCUUAUGUCUGAGAAGCAGCGCUUGGAGCAGGCCAGGCAGUUGGGAUCGGCUCUGCAGUGUUGGCAGCCCGAUGUUGUCAGAAAUCACCACGAGGCCCUCCUGGCACAGACGGCAACCACAAGUGAGUGGAGGUCCAGGGAGCUUGACAUGGGCAUAAAGGACCACAGGCUCUCGCUCAAGGUGCUUUCCAGAAGUCUGCAGGUCCAGUCAGCCAAGCUGGAGAGGCAGAGAAUGCGAUUGCAAGCUCUUUUAGGCAAUUAG